GCAAAUAUCACUAUGGGUUACUAUAAGAACCCUAAGAAAACACAGGAAGAUUUCUAUGAUGAAGAUGGCUGCCGGUGGUUCCGUACUGGAGACAUUGGUGAAUUUCUUGAAGAUGGAUCUCUUCAGAUUAUAGAUCGCAAAAAGGACCUCGUGAAACUUCAGUUUGGCGAGUAUGUUUCUCUUGGCAAAGUGGAAUCAGAACUUAAAGUCAGUCCAUAUGUAGAGAAUAUUUGUGUGUAUGCUGACCCAUCAAAGAACAACAUUGUUGCCAUUGUGAGUCCAGUACAGAGAAAUCUAGAAGACUUAGCACGUUCUCUAGGCAAAGAAGAUCUUCGUAGAGAGAAGUUAUGUCUGGAUGAUGACAUAAGCAAGGCCAUCAUGCAAGAGCUCCUAGCAACUGGGAAAAAAGGUGGGUGAUAUGUUGCAGUUUUA